CCGUGUUAGUCCACUCUGUUCGUUACAUAUUUUAGUUCUGGGAACUGAAAACUGUAUUGAGAUCAACUGUUUAAUCUACGAGAAAAUUAGCAGAAUAUCGGCCAAAAUCCAUCUCGUUCUCUCCUCUCUCACUGCCGGACACUGGGCUUCCUCUCAGCACCAUAUUUGAUUGUGAGCAGAAACGCCGAGCGGAUGCCUCAAGUAUAUAGAUCCGGUGAAAUAUCUGUCUCAUUGUUCUGUGUUCAUUCUACUUGCGCUUUGCCGCACAGAGCUGUCGUGAAGGAAGUUCAUCAAGAUUCCCAUAACGUUGCUCACGAGUGUCUCAGCGAUCUAAUGGACUGUCUCAGUGCUAGAGGCGUAACUACAGACACUGGUUCGAUUCCAGGCUGUAUCACAACCGGCCAUGAUCGGGAGUCCCAUAGUGGCGGCGCAUAAUUGGCCCAGCGUCGCACGGGUUAGGGGAGGAUUUGGCCGGGGUUGGCCGUAAUUGUAAAAUAAGUGUUCUUAACUGACUUCCCUGGUUAAAUAUAGGCUAAAGAAAAUUAUGUGGUAGGCAAAAAACUCUAGCAAUUACGGUAUUAUAGUCAAGGCAAUAAGAAGGAAGUGAAGGGUGGAAUGUCAUCCAUUUAUUUUCAACUCUACUAAGGAACGAUGGCGCUCCGGACUUUAGGUUGUCACUUGGGGCGUUUUCAAGGGAUUUACCGCCAGCUACAGCCCCGGUCCUGUGGGCUGGCUGUGUUGGGGGUGCGGGGGCUACCCGUGGUGUCGUUGGGGGUGAGAUGUAAGAGCUCCGGCCCUGUACAGGUGAGUCACCUGGACCACCUUGUGUUGACCGUGAAGAGUGUUCCAGACACCUGCACCUUCUACUCCUCUGUCCUGGGCAUGGAGGUCAUCACCUUUAAGGGUAACCGUAAGGCGCUGUGUUUUGGGAAGCAGAAGUUGAACCUGCACCAGGUGGGUCAGGAGUUUGAACCCAAGGCCUUGAGACCCACCUCAGGAUCAGCUGACCUCUGUCUCAUCACCCUCACCCCCCUGGCUGCUGUAGCUACACACCUACAGGCGUGUGGUGUGGAGAUAGAGGAGGGUCCAGUGGAGAGGAGUGGCGCUGUUGGACCCAUCACAUCUCUCUACUUCAGAGACCCAGACCACAACCUGAUAGAGGUCUCUAACUACAACCAACAAACAAAGGACUGAGGCCUUCCUUUAGCUAAACAGCUACCUUCAACAGACCAACAUCCUUUAGCUAAACAGCUACCUUCAACAGACCAACAGCCUUUAGCUAAACAUCUACCUUCAACAGACCAACAGCCUUUAGCUAAACAUCUACCUUCAACAGACCAACAGCCUUUAGCUAAACAUCUACCUUCAACAGCCUUUAGCUAAACAUCUACCUUCAA